CUAGAGCAUGCCAGCACCAUCACAACAGGCACAAAAAGACUCCUUUCAGAGUCCAGGAAGGUCCUGCUUUGGCUACAAAUUGACAGGCAAGGUGUUUAAGUGACGCUCCACUUGCGUACCUGCCAUGAAGGCGUUGGCGCUGGGUGAGGUGCUGGGGCUGCUGGCGGUGGCGCUGGUCGCUGGUCCGGCUGAAGGACUGGUGCUGACCAAGUGCGAGAUGAAGGCGGAACUGGAGGCCAUGCUGCCCGAUAUGGACGAGGACGACGACGGCAUGAAGGGGCCCUUCAAGAUGGAGGACAUUCUGGCUAAGAUCAUCUGUAAAAUUGAGUUCACCACCCAGUUCAACACGAGCCAGGUGACCGUAAUGGACCCCCCCAAGCCCCUCUUCCCCGGCCGCAAGCCCUGGCCUCCCAGGAGACCCAGCGUCGGUGUUGAGGGCUCCGGCUCCGCAGGCCAGGGCGAGGGUGAGCCGGUUCCCAAGCCCGAGAACCCUGAGGCUCCCGCGGACAAGCCAGAGAGACCGGUGCGUCGUCCUUGGGGCAGGCCCUUCGGGCGUCCCUGGUCGCCUCUCCGAUGGGGCAAGCGGGCAGUGAUGCCCAGGUUCCGCCCCAUGGGGGGGUCGGCCGUGGGGGCGACCCCAGCAGGAGGACAGCCAGGAGGAGCCCGAGGAGGUGGAGGAGGACUCCUCGACCUGGACGCUCUACGGCAGGGGUCUCAAACACCCGGCCCGCGUCCUGCCCAAUUCCGGCCCGUGACGUAUGACAAAAUAAUAAUGUAAUCCGGCCCUUGAGGCUAUUA